AUGAUCGGCGAUCGCUUUUCGCUGAGGUCGGCGGAGAUGCUCAUUUUGUCGGAGCUACGUCUGCCUAUUGUUUCCCCUCAUCCUAUCGACUUUGCCGAUUCAAUAUUCCACUUGGUGAGGGAGAAGUACCGGUCGCUGGUGGGGGGCUGCGGUCCGGCGCACGCUCGACACAAAUCCCUGGCAGGCAUCGUAAUGACCCGAGAUCUGGACCUGAGGUACGCCCAGGUGGUGGCGUUAUCUACGGGCACCAAGUGCAUCAACGGGGAGUAUCUGAGUGACCACGGCCAAGUGGUCAACGACUGUCACGCCGAGGUCACAGCUCGUAGAGCUCUGCUACGCUUCCUCUACUCCCAACUUGAACUCUUCUUGAGUAAAAGGCUAGAGGACUGGGAGGAGUCAAUAUUUGUCCGCCACAAAGAGUGCAGCUACAGAUUGAGAGACAAUGUCCAUUUCCACAUGUACAUCAGCACCUCGCCGUGUGGAGACGGAAGGCUCAACUCGCCCUACGAAAUGACCACAGACCUACACAGCAGCAGACACCUGAUGAGGAAGCACCGAAGCCACCUGCGGACCAAAAUAGAAUCCGGAGAAGGCACGGUGCCGGUGCGGUGCCGGGGACCGGUCCAGACCUGGGAUGGCGUGCUACAGGGGGAACAGCUCAUCACCAUGUCCUGCACCGACAAAAUCACCAGGUGGAACGUCCUGGGGCUGCAGGGGGCGCUGCUGAGCCACUUUGUCGAGCCGGUCUACCUGCACAGCGUGACGGUGGGCAGCCUGCGCCACACGGGCCACCUGGGCCGGGUUCUGCACCAGCGGCAGGAGCGCCUGGGCUCGCUGCCCGCCGCCUUCCGCCGCAACCAGCCCCUGCUGAGCGGGCUGAGCAGCACUGAGUAUCAGCAGCCAGGGAAGGCCACGUGUGUUAGCCUCAACUGGACGCAGGGCGACCAGCAACUGGAGCUGGUCAACACUGCGACCGGACGGAGAAGGGACACGGCCACGCCCUCGCGGCUCUGCAAGCACGCUCUGUUCACCCGCUGGAACAGACUCUACCGCAAGCUGGGGGUCCUCGUGUCCAGCUCGGCUGACCGCCAGCUCCUGUACAGCGAGGCCAAGAUGGCGGCGCGUCCCUACCAGACAGCGAAGCAGCAGUGGUUCCGGUCCCUGCAGGAGUCGGGCCUCGGGACCUGGGUCAAAAAACCACCGGAGCAGGACCAGUUCCUGCUCUCCGCCUGAGCUACAAAGUGUGUGUGUGUGUGUGUGUGAAUGUGUGUGUGUGUGUAAGAGAAAGAUAUACAGAGAGUAAUGCGUUUGUGUGAGCUUUAUUUCUUUUUUUUUUUUUUAGAGUAAGAUAAUGCGUUCUACAGGCUCAUACUUGGAUGUUUAGCCUCCAAACCCGAGGCUGACAGCCCCUUUUGUGUUUGUGUUGCAUCCUUGUUUGCGUCACACAACUGUUCGGUACAAGAAAAGACCGGUAAAAGGUCACCUGCGCAUUCUGGACAGAAAGAGGGGGGGGGGAGGAUGGCCAUUUUGGCUCAGACGUUUCUUUAAACACAUCAACACAAAGGUUUUAGCAAA